UUCAACUGAAAAAAAGAUUAGUGCCAUUUUUGUCACCAUGUAGCAUUCGGUUAAUGCAUAAUAACUUGAAAGAAAAAACAAAUAUGUAUUUUUUCAAUAGGAUUAAAUUAUUUUUCGUCUUUAUUGAGUUUGUGUGCUAUUCGAUUGUAUGUACAAAUGCAGCAUGUGAUACCAAGAUAAUUUCAACAUAUACUGGUGACGUAGUUUUGUCAGCUUCGAGUGAAUAUGCUUCAAGAGUUUCUUCACAAGAUCACAGUGCAAGUAGAGGAAUACUGAAUUUUACAGAGUACUCAGCACCAGAUGGCAAGGUUUAUCACGGAGCUUGGACAGCGGCAAAAAAUGAUAAACUACAGUAUAUUCAGAUUCAACUUAAAAGAGAUUACAACAUUACAGGAGUGAUAACUCAGGGUAGGGAUGGAUGUUGUCCACAGUGGGUAACACAGUAUAGGAUAUUGUAUGGAAAUGAUUGUACACACUUAAAGGUUUUAGAUAGUGGUAAUGGCACUGAAUUCAGCGGUAAUGCAGAUCAAGAUACCAUGGUAACCAACAUGUUUAAAUUUCCUGUCGCAGCUAAAUGCAUUCAUAUUGCACCCACGGAUUUCUAUGGCCAGAUUUCCAUGCGAGUUGAAAUCCUUGGUUGCCCCUUGAUGACAACAGUGUCGCCAUCUACUACUGCCAGCCUUAAAACAACAGCUUCUCCACCAUCAACUUCAGGCAGCGUAUACGUUGGCAUGACAACUCCAGCACAACAAAAGAGUUUUUUGCCAGGUGCAUGCAGCACAAAUUUAAUGACAACUAAAAGCAAUUUGACCACAACGGUCACUUCGUCCAGUAUAAAAGACAAAGGCAGUGUUCUGGUCAGUUAUCAGCCAGACAGGGCAAUUCUCAACUCGCAGGAAGAAACAAAUAAAACAACUAUAAGAUAUAUGGGAGGAUGGAGUCCAGCGAUAUCAGACACUAAGCAAUAUAUUCAGGUAGAAUUUUCCGAUCCGACCAUUAUUAGAGGAUUAGUUACUCAAGGAAAAAAUGGUUGCUGCAAUAAAUGGGUAACAAAGUACAAAAUAUCCUACAGUACAGACUGUAAAACGUGGAAUGUUUCUGGUGGAAACUCUGGCCAGAUUUUUAAAGCUAACACAGACAGAGAUACACCUGUCACUAACAUUUUACUAUGUCCUACUGCUGUCAAAUGUCUUAGAAUACAACCAGAAGAAUGGAAUAAUGCUAUAGGGAUGAGGUUUGAACUAAUUGGAUGUCAAAUUCAAAAUGGAGGCAUUUCCGCCAGUAAUGUUUCAUCAGCUACAACGCUUGCCAAUCAAGUGACAGUUCAAUCCACUAGUCCAUCAACUGUAUCUUCACAGGCAACUAGUUUGGCAGUAAAUAGUGUAUCUGUGAAUCAACAACCACUUUCAGGACAGCACUGCAAUUCAUCCUUAUUUUCAAAUAUGCCCUACAGAGGGAACAUAACCAUGACAUCUAGUAGUGAAUUGAUGAAGGCCGAUAAAACUAACGAUUUUAGUGCAGAUAGAGGACGUUUGCAUGCUAAAGAAACUAUGACAAUUGGCGUUACACUACAUGGCGGUUGGUCUGCAGCAGUCCAAGACACAAAUCAGUUUAUCAAAGUACAAUUACCCAGCCUUUCAACAAUCACUGGUGUUGUAACUCAAGGAAAAGACGGACCAGGUAAAGAAUGGACAACAAAAUACAGAGUAUUAUAUAGCGCUGAUUGCAAACGUUAUAACGUCAUUCAUCCUGUAGGAGGAGGGAAUUUUGUUGGAAAUACAGAUGAAAAUACCGAGGUUACGAAUAUGUUCAGUCGUCCAGUUGAAGCACUGUGUGUACAAAUAAAUCCAAUAGCUAGUCACAAUAGAAUUUCAAUGAGAAUGGAUUUGAUUGGUUGUUAUAGAGUUUCUAUGCAACAAUCGUCUGCUUCGACAGCACCAACAAUACCAAAAUUGCAACUUACUUCAACACAGACGCCGACAACUACACCGAUUAAAACAACAAUGCCACUAGUAAAACCAACACAAGGUCAACUAUGUCACAAUUCGUUGAUUAACAACGCAACUCUCGGUAGUCAUGUUAAUUUGACAGCGUCUAGUACAUUUCAUAAUCCAACUACUGGAACAACUCCUUCAAGGGCUGUACUGGACACGAAAACGGAAAAUUUACAGCAAUAUGGCACAAUGCUUGGAGGCUGGACACCGGCUCAUGAUGGUAAACAAUAUAUACAGGCUACAUUUUCCAAACCACAAAUGAUAGACAAAAUAGUAACUCAAGGAGUAGACAACAUGCAACAAUGGGUUACCAAAUUUUCAAUACAGUAUAGUCAGGAUUGUGUAAACUGGCAACAACUUCAGAAUCCUAAGGAAUUUAUUGCUAAUACAGAUGACAAAACAAAAGUUACCAAUAAGUUUGGUUGUCCAGUGUUUGCCAAAUGUGUGAGAGUUUACCCAUCAGAUUGGCACAACCAUUCCGGCCUCCGAUUUGACCUGAUAGGAUGUGAAAUCAUAGAUGGUCCGCAUCCAAAUGUAACUUUACAAAAAACGACCCCAGGUUCAAGUGCAUCUAUGUCAACAUCAAGCAGAAGUACACUAACUGCUACUUCAACAUCAAAACGUCCAAAUAUUACCACAGCCGGUACAACGUUAACUUCAACAAAAACAACAAUAAAAACAACAACUACUUCUCCAUCAACAACACCUAACCCUAAAUCUACACAGUCAACUACCACAAAACCAACCACAUUACUACCUGUAACACAUAAAAUAUUUCCGACGGGACAAGCAUCAAAUUAUAAUACUAGGGAUCCAUUAGAUUGUAAACGAGCUUUACUUGUCGAUCCAUGCACUAACCCUAUAGUAAAAAAGCACUGUUUUUAUUCCUGCAAUCCAAAACAAGGAAAUAAUGUGUUAUCUUCCACCAAUACAAUUCCAUUCAGACAAACAACUACUAUAACAAGUAAACAAACUACAAUAACACCAGUUGCAGUAAGCAAUGUACAAACAUCUCAUACAUCCUCUGUUUCCACGCAUAUGUCAGCAGCUCAUAUCAAUGUUUCACCGAGUCAAAGCAAUAUGCGUUCAUUACACUCAAAUACAAUGUAUAAUUCCCUCUCAACAAUUCAAAGUACACCAACUUCAAUGUUACCCUCUUCUAUUUCAAUGGGUGUAACAUCUUUGACACAUUCAAACAUUCUACAAACUUCGAUGACGACACAGAAUACAAUUAAAUCAUCCUCAAUUUCACCAAUACCAACUGCAAUUGCAUCAAUGUCAGUAACUCCAACAAAUGCAGUUUCCCUUUCUGCAACCCAUAAUGUCUUACCAACUGGUCAAGCAUCUAUUUAUAACUCACUUGACCCUAUAGAUUGUAAACGAUCAUUGUUGAUGUUCUCCUGCUCGAUGCCGAUAAUUGCAAAACACUGUCAUUAUUCCUGUUCAAAUCCUUCUUCUAAAUUAUUAAGUUCCAGUAUGUUUCACAGUUCAGUUUCUGUUGUUGCUCAUAGCCAAAAUAGUGACAAAACGUCAAUUAUAUCUCAAACUUCUUUUUUGAAUGGAAUUCAAUCAACCCAGCUAAGCAAAACCCAAAUUAACCCAUCAAAACCAAUCACAAAUCUAUUUACAACUAUGAAUCAAAAUUCAAAUCAACUACAUCCUUCUAGCCUUACUUCUGCUAUGUUCAGUGUCACUAGCAUGGUAAAUCCAAGUUCCAGAGUACAUUCGAAUUCGGCUAUAAUAUCAUCUUCUAUUAACAGUAAUCCGUCUUCAAUUAUCUUUAGAUCAACAACACCACAUACUAGCACUGCCCAGAGCUCUAACUCAAAUAUGGCUCAAAUGUCUAGGUAUUCACAGGCAUCAGGAAGUGUGACCAAAUCAAUGGUUCAGAGCUCGAUUCAGUCAAAGCCAUUGUCCGUAACUGGUUUAACUGGUAUUCAAACAACAAUACUACAGAGCGCUUUGAAAGAUUCAUCGGUUACAUCAGCAAUGAUGACCGCAUCCAUGCCCAAAGGUUCCUCUAUUACUCAGUAUUCUACAAGUUUAUCUAGUUUACCAUUGUCUGCAGUUCUUCAAAAUGUUCAAAGUAGUGACAAACCAUCAAGCACGGUAGUCUAUCCGUCUUCAGUCUUUCAUCAACAUUAUUUGAAUUCUUUAAAUAGUAAUCCACCUUCCUCGAUUAUUAAAACAACUCUAAUUAGUAGCCUGCCAUCGAGUGGCGUUCCAUCAUCUGUCAUGUAUCAAAGUGCUUUCAAAACUGGUUCAUAUUCAAGUUUGCCCCAAAGUAUAUUAACAUCAUCAAUGCAUGCAUCUAGUGUCACUAGCUUAACAUCACCAAUGCAGGCAUCUAGGGUCACUAGCUUAACAUCAUCAAUGCAGGCAUCUCGUGUCAAUAGCUUAACAUCACCAGUGCAGGCAUCUAGUGUCACUAGCUUAACAUCAUCAAUGCAGGCAUCUAGUGUCACUAGUUUAACAUCACCAAUGCAGGCAUCUAGUGUUCAUAGCUUAACACCAUCAAUGCAGGCAUCUAGUGUCACAAACUUAACAUUAUCAAUGCAGGCAUCUAGUGUCACUAGCUUAUCAUCAGGUGUAACAGGCCUAUUUACAUCAUCUGUCAGCAAAGGUUCUGGUAACUUUGUGAGUUCAUUUUCUUCUGUAGGGAUAACAUCUAGUAACACAAUUGGAAGCUCAAGUUUGCAAGGAAAAGGAAAUCCAGCAAUAUCUACGUAUGCAAGCUCUGGUCAGUAUACAAGUGUUGUAUCUGCAAUAAAUUCUUUACUGCCAGUUCAAAGUUCCAAUAUACUGAGAAGUCAGUUUGUCACAAACUCCUUUCUUCAGAGUUCUGUAAGUUCUCCUUCUAUAACUGCUUCUGUUUCCCUAUCACAGCUUACACCAUCAAUUGUGCAAAGCUCACCACCUUUGAGUUCAGUACGGCUAUUAUCUACUGUCCCAUUAUUACAAUCGUCAAUUUUUCAUUCAGGAUAUCAGUCAUCGCUUGGCCAUUUAAGUUCUUUUCAAUCCUUAUCAGUCUUGAAUCCUGGCAUGACAUCUAUACUCUCAAGUCUAAAUACCAACAAAAUUCAAGUGACUUUGAGUCAAAAUCAAGGUUUGACCAGUGUACCCUCAAGCUUAAAUCAAGACUCAUCCAUAUUUCAGAUUCCAACUAAAUCGUCAAUCUUCGCAAGCCUAAAUCCUAGUGCACCACCAGGACUUUCAAGUCAAAUUUCUGACUCGUCAGUUCUAUUUUCAAGUCCAAAUCAUGCGUUGUCAUCUGCGAUCUCAAGUGUUCACCCUAUCAUGCUAUCAGUACCAUCUAGUCUGAAUACUGAUAUGGUAUCUUCAUCUUCAAAUCUUAUCAUGUCAUCAGCAAUCUCAAAUAUAAAUCCAAGUAUGACAUCUGCUCCCUCUAGUAUUAUUCAAAGUAUGACUGCUGCAUCCUCAACACUUAAUCAAGGUAGAAUAUUUAUACCUUCAAGUCUUAAUCCUAGUAUGUCAUCCUCACUCUUAAAUAUAAAUUCCGGGAUGGCAUCAGCAUCUUUAAGUUUAAAAUCAAGAGGUAUAUCGACACCGUUAAGUACUAGUCCAAUUAUAUCCUUUGCACAAUCAAGUCAAAGUCCUUUGAUAUCCUCUGCAUUCUUAAAUAUCAAUCCUAGCAAAUUAUCUACACAGUUCAGUAUUAGUCCCAGCAUGUCAUAUACAACCUCAAUUAAAAACUCCGUUAAGUCACUAUCAACCUCAAUUAUAAAUACUGUAUCUUUAUCAUCGAGUAUCCCAACUGCAUCUUUAUCAUCAAGUAUCCCAACUGCAUCUUUAUCAUCAAGUAUCCCAACUGCAUCUUUGUCAUCAAGUAUCCCAACUGCAUCUUUAUCAUCAAGUAUCCCAACUGCAUCUUUAUUGUCUUCCAAUGGUCCACGAACAAUGUCUAUAAUAUCAUCAAGUGCAUAUCAAUCAGUUGCUAUGCUUUCGAUGAACACACCUGUAGGAUCUUACAGUGCGUCUAUGAGUACCUCCGCUAACAGUGUAAUGAUUUCGUUAAAUGUACAUGCGUUAGCAUCCAGUAAGUCUUUGACAACAUCUUUGUCGACAUCUGUUCCAUCUUUAAUUGAUUCUGUUUCAUCUAUAGAUUCCAGUACACAACUACCAUCAAGUUUACUUGUAUCUUCUGAGAUAUCUACAUCACCCUUUUGGUCUAGUAUGCAAUCGGUACAAUCAAGCGUACCACUAACCUCCUUUGGUGAUGUUUCAUCUUCAUAUGAAACUUCUGUAUCGUUUAUAGGAUACCAAGCAACAGCAAUGCCAUUCCUUAGUACUUCUAUGUCAUUAAACAGUAAGCAGAUGUCGCUCACCUUUGUCCCUCUGUCCUCUGAAUUAUCUCUUACAAUUUCCGAUUCAAGUAAUAUUCCCCUUUUCUCUAUGAGUUCUAGUAUCAUUGUUUCUUCUGGAGAGCAUUCCAGUGACCUGAUUUCCGCAUCUGAUAUUUCUUUAUCACAUGGUUAUUCACCCUUAUCAUCUGCAUUUGUGUCAAUGACGUGUUAUAAUAUCCCCGUAAUGUAUUCUAAUGCCAUGUCCUCUGCUUUACAAUCAGUAACUCCUACACUACCAUCUGUGCAAACGUUACAAACAAAAAAAGCUUUUGGUUCGUCUGUUUUACCAACUAAUUUGCCCAUAUCACAUACCAUUUCACAUAGCAUGCCCCAACCUUCGGUUAGCAUCCUUCAAACAUCGACACAAACUAGUAAAAUAACAACCCCAGCUUCCAAGCAACUGCCGACAACUAAACACGUUACCAACGUCAUUCUUCCAACUGGAGUUGCUUCAAUAUACAACAAUUUGGACCCACUUGAUUGUAAACGAUCAUUGAAAAUGUUCUCUUGCAGUAUGUCAAUAGUUGCAAAACAUUGCUUUUAUUCGUGUAGAAAUCAAAAUAGCACUACGGUACAUCCAAUAAGUCCUGGAAAACUCUCUCUUCCAACAGGAAGUAGUACAAUGGCAAAAUCUAAAAUAAUCUUUCAGUCACUAACUGCAACAUUUUCGAAGGCAAUGUCAAAUUUCUCGACAUCAAAAAAGCCAAACCUGACGAAAUUUACCAUUUCAAAAUCCAAACAAAAAUUAACUUCAACAACAAAACCUUUAACAUCUAUGCAAACGACAAAACCUUCAACAAUCUCGUCAACAACAAAACCUUCAACAAUCUCGUCAACGACAAAACCUUUAAUAUUCAUGUCAACACCAAGUUCGACUACAAAAACAACAACACAACAUAUAAAUCAUACCGUCAAAUCUUUGUAUGAUAGUAGAGACCCACAGAAUUGCAAGCAGUUAAUAACAUGGAUACAAUGUACUGAUUUCUAUUAUGGAAACAAGUGUAAAUUUUCUUGUGUUAACAAACAUAAUGCUGUUGGAUAA